UAUGAAUAUGUUAAUAUAUUGUCUUAUGUUAUUGACAAUUGAGAUGAGAAAAAAGACAUGUAGAAGUUUUGUGAAACUUCAGACGUUAAAUAUAUGUAUCUAUAUGUCAAAUAAGUUACAGUGAUAAUAUAUAAAUGUAUCGAUAAUGUUUUAUUGCUAAUGAAAAUGUCUUUUGCAAAACAAUACAUUCUCAAUAUCUUCAUCGCGAAUCAUAAUAAAUAUCUAUCAUUCUUGCUACGACCGUAUUCAAUAAAUCACCUUAAAAAGCUAUACAGAUAUGCUCAUACUGAUAUACCAAAGCCUAAUUUUGAAGAAUAUCGACGAAAAUCUACGCAGGACCCUGAAAAACCAGCUGCGGAAAAUAUUGAUAAACGAAGAGCGCUGAGAAGCGCUGUCUCUUUUGCCGGCUGGGUUGCUGGACUGUACGCCUUUAAAUCUCAUCUAUUACAUUAUGUAUUCUUCUUGUCGCCUUCGCGAGAUAUAUUAGCGGAAGCUCAAUUAGAAGUGAAAUUAGAUAACAUACCGGAAGGGAAAGUAUCGAUCGUUAAGUGGCGCGGAAAACCUGUAUUUAUCUAUCACCGGCCUCAAUCGAUUAUCGAGCAAGAGAGAGCCGUGAGUUUGUCGGAGCUACGCGACCCGGAAACGGACGACGACAGGAUCAAAAAGCCGGAAUGGUUGAUCGUGUUAGGGAUCUGCACGCAUUUGGGAUGCGUGCCGAUUCCAAACGCCGGCAUUAUACCGGGUGGUUUUUUUUGCCCGUGUCACGGGUCGCACUUUGACGCAGCUGGUCGCAUACGAAAGGGCCCAGCGCCGACCAAUAUGGAGAUACCCGAGCACAAAUUCAUAAACGACGACCGUAUCAUUAUCGGAUAACGUGUUUUUUUAUGAUUAA